GACGUAGGCGGCAUGGCGAUGGCGUAUGAGUGAGGUGGAGUGGGGAAGCAAGAUGGCGCCGGCGGCGGUUGGCGCAGCGUCCGGGGAGCGGGGUCUCAAGAGCCUGGUGUGGCAGAACAUUUGGAAUGAACUCUCCAGUGAACCCAAGAUCUUUGAGUGAGUUAAAAUCAUCAGUAUUCGAUGACUGUUGGAAGACCAACGAAUGGAAGAUAAUUAUCUUAGAUGAUUUUACCACUAAAUUACUGUCAUCAUGUGGCAAAAUGACUGAUUUACUGGCAGAAGGCAUCACUGCUGUGGAGAAUGUUUAUAAAAAACGUGAGCCUGUCCCACACAUGAAGGCAAUUUAUCUCAUCACUCCAACUGAGAAGUCUGUAGAUGGGCUUAUAAGUGACUUUGUAACUAAAUCAUCCUACAAGUACAAAGCAGCAUAUGUCUACUUCACUGACUUUUGCCCUGACAGUCUCUUCAAUAAAAUGAAGUCGUGCUGCUCAAAGGUUAUAAGAAGGUGCAAAGAAAUAAAUAUCUCCUUCUUUCCAUAUGAAUCUCAGGUAUUUACUCUCGAUGUCCCAGAUGCAUUCUUCUGCUGUUACAGUCCAACCAUGGAAAAAGCAAAUGGCAAAGAUGCAGUUAUGGAGGCAAUGGCUGAACAAAUUGUUACGUUAUGUGCAACGUUAGAUGAAAACCCAGGAGUAAGAUAUAAAAGCCAGCCAUUGGUUAAUGCCAUCAAACUUGCAAAGCUAGUCGAAAAUAAGCUUGAAAACUACUAUAAAAUGGAUGAGAGAAGCCAAAUAAAGGGUAAAACCCACUCCCAGCUGUUAAUUAUUGAUCGAGGAUUUGACCCUGUGUCCACUGUACUCCAUGAACUUACCUUUCAAGCAAUGGCAUAUGAUCUGCUGCCAAUUGAAAAUGAUACAUACAAAUAUACAACAGAUGGGCCCAAUGGAAAGGAAAAAGAGGCAAUUCUGGAGGAGGAGGAUGAGCUCUGGGUGCGGAUUCGGCACAAGCAUAUUGCAGAUGUGUUAGAGGAGAUUCCAAAACUUUUGAAAGAUGUUUCAUCAAAGAGAAAAGCAACAGAAGGAAAAUUAUCACUAAGUAAUCUGGCACAGCUAAUGAAAAAAAUGCCCCACUUCCGUAAACAGAUUACCAAGCAAGUAGUCCAUCUUAACAUAGCAGAAGAUUGCAUGAGUAAGUUUAAAUCCAGCAUAGAAAAGCUGUGCAAAACUGAACAGGAUUUAGCUCUUGGAACAGAUGCAGAAGGCCAGAAAGUGAAAGACUCCAUGAGAGUCCUCCUUCCAGUUUUACUCAGCAAAAACCAUGACUCCUAUGACAAAAUAAGAGCCAUUCUCCUUUAUAUCUUCAGCACAAAUGGAACUACACAAGAGAAUUUGGACAAACUCAUCCAGAAUGUACAGAUAGAAAGUGAUAGUGACAUGAUAAAAAAUUGGAAAUACCUUGGUGUACCUGUUGUAGUCUCGUCUGCUGCUCAGCAACGUAGACAAUCAAGAAAGGAUCGCUCUUCAGAAGAAACUUUUCAACUUUCUAGAUGGACACCUGUUAUCAAAGACGUUAUGGAGGAUGCAAUAGAAAACAAACUAGAUUCAAAAGAAUGGCCUUACUGUUCUGAGUGCCCUGCAGCCUGGAAUGGUUCAGGAGCAGUAAGUGCUCGCCAGAAGCCCAAGACUAGUUACCAGGAUGAGCGAAAGAGUGGUUCAAAGCUGAUAGUUUUUGUAAUUGGAGGCAUCACGUACUCAGAGAUACGCAGUGCUUAUGAAGUUUCUCAAGCCUACAAAUCUUGUGAAGUGAUCAUUGGUUCCACUCAUAUUUUGACACCCAAAAGACUGCUGGAUGAUGUAAAGAUGCUUAAUAAACCAAAGGAUACAAUUUGCAUUAAGGAUGAAGAGAAACAGAAACGAGAGAGGCUUUCUGAAACUGACAGUGUCCUAGACUUAAAUAUAGAUGCUUCAGAAGCAAAAGCUGUGCAUAAGUGAAUGGUAAGAUUAUUUCACAUAUGUUCAAUGUCCCUUGCGAUAUGUAAAAUUCAAUUAAAACAAUUUAUAUUAAGAAAUGGAAAUGUACAUUUUUUGUGAAAAAAUAGGGCAAAAUACUACCCUGGUGCUUUCUGCUUAUAGAUUGAAAGGAGGGGAAUUCAUCAUGGAAGUACUAAAAUAAAAAAAAAUGGUUUUAUUUCAAUAAAGAACUCUGGAAAUGUGCUCGUUCAUCUUUUGAAAUGAUUCAGUGCACUAACAAUGCUCAUUAGGACAUUCUUCUGUGUUGCUCACAAAAACAAAUAGCCAGCUUUUAUUUACUAAACUUUUCCACUGUUAUGUGUAUAGUACAUCUAUUUUGUAUAUUUAGUUGCUAAUGAACUCAUCUAAUGCAGUCUGAGGGGCAGCGGUGUGACUCUCUAACUUUAAAAGAGUUAUUCUUUAGCACCUUACAGACUAACAAAUAUAUAGUAUCAUGUGCUUUCGUGGGUAAAUCUAACAUAGAUUUUGUGGUGCCACCAAAGACUUAAGAGCAAAGUUUGUAAUGCAGUGGCAAUAAAAAGGGAGAUCAAG